GUGACGGCAUCCCCUUGUUGGGCCCCAUGGUGGGUGGGGUCACCAGGAGCUGAAUAAAUAAUUAUCAUUAUGGAUUCUUCUAAAAAUAAAAAUACAGACAAGCCAGAAACAACAAAUGUGAAGACAUCCAGUCAGCCAGCAUUCUUAGUAGUGCAUGCAACUGGAGAUAAACCUCUAUCUAAGUGUUCUCCCUUUUUGAUUCACAAAUUAUUUGAAUCUACCAUAGGACAUUUAAAAAAAAUCCAAAAAUUGAGGUCAGGGGACCUACUGGUUGAAACAGCCUCUCCUCAACAAACAACAAAGCUUUUAUCAAUGAAUAGACUUGGAGAUAUGGGAGUUUCAGUCACACCUCAUGGAAGUUUAAACUCAUCACGCGGUGUGAUAUCUGAGAUUGAUCUGAUAUCAGAAGACGAAUCAGAUAUUCAGAUCGGCCUUUCAGACCAAGGGGUCACUGCUGUUCGGCGUAUCUUGAUACGUCGGGAUGGCAAGUUAAUUUCAACAAAACAUUUAAUUCUCCCCUUUAACAAGCCGACAUUGCCAUCUUUUAUUACAGCAGGUUAUCUGCGCUGCCCUGUUUGUCCGUACGUUCCAAAUUUGCUGCGUUGUUUCAAAUGCCAGCGGUUUGGACAUUCACAGACAUCCUGCCGUGGCAAGAGCGUAUAUGCAGUGUGGGACUGAAGGUCACGAGAGUACCGAGUGUACCAGUACCCCAUGCUGUGUUAACUGCAAAGAUGCCCAUCCUUCUUACUUUCGAAAAUGCCCUGCAUGGCAAAGAGAAAAGGAGAUACAACGGGUGAAAACAGUCAACAACAUACUUUACCCAGAGGCUCGUCGUAUGGUGACUUCAACUGCACCUUUGAGACAGAAAACAUUUGCUGCUGUUUUGAAAUCCACAAAGACAUGUGGGGUACAAACAGAUAUUUCUGUCUCUCCUAGUGAAUCUCUUACCCGCCAUGUGAAAUGUUUAAUUCUCCCAACUACCCAAACAUCAGAAAAGGAGAUUAAGAAAGCCAAAACACUUCUACCAGAAACAGGAGUAAUGACAAGAA